AUGAGAUUUGGCCAAAAAGGAAAACUUAGUCCUCGAUUUAUUGGACCAUAUGAAGUACUUGAGAGAGUUGGUCCAGUUGCAUAUAAACUAGCUCUUCCACCAGAGUUAGAUAAGAUCCACAAUGUCUUCCAUGUUUCUAUGCUUAGAAGAUAUCGCUCAGAUCCAUCUCAUAUUCUUCCUGUUGAAUCCAUUGAGGUCAGUCCUGACUUGACAUAUGAAGAAGAACCUAUUCAAAACUUAGCACGUGAGAUAAAAGAGCUUAGAAACAAGAAAAUUCCAUUAGUAAAAGUCCUUUGGAGGAAUCAAUCUGGCAAAGAAGCUACCUGGGAGCGAGAGGAGGAUAUGCGAAUUCAAUAUCCAUAUUUGUUUUGA